AUGUUGCCUAACAUAAAAUCAUUGAGAAUGUUUCUCAACAGGCGAUUAACAGCGGCUGUCGAUGAGCUUUUCGGGGCAGUUGAAACAACGAUAGCAGACUACCAGCAAGAAUUCUGCCGUUCAAAAGAGGAGAAAGACCGAACGAUAGCAGAGUACCAGGAACAAGUGUCCCGUGCUAAAGAAGAGAACGCCCGCCUACAGAAGCUGCUGGAUGUCGUUCUUAAACCAGAAAUAAAGUUACAGAGACUAGAAGGUGUGUUACUUAUUAGCUAAGUCCGUAACAACCAUCAUUUGUUAUACACAUUGCUAAUGCAUGUUGGCCAUUUAAAUUUCAGUCAUCACUAGUUACAUUUUCAUCCAAUUGGCGACAGAUUUUCAUGCGAAUAUUAUAAAAUCCGCGUGAAGACAAUGCGAAUUUUCCCACCAGUAGUGUUUCCACCAAACCGAGUGCAUUACGACGUAGUGCACACAAUGUACUUUUGUACCAAAUAAAAAUCUAAAGUUCAAUGUGUUUCCAUCACAUUUUCAACUCUACCGAUAGUUUUUUUAACAAAAACGGUUGCGUUAAAUAGCAAGUGUGCCUACUCUGGUCUUGGCACGUGUGUUCUAGCUCGCAUAUAGCCUACAGGUUUUGCGGGAAGGCUAGUCUACAUGAUGAGAUUAUUAUGGAAUAGAGCGAGAGUAUUUUUAUUUGUCAAGCAUCGAGCCUCAUGUCAUCAGAAUAAGACCCUCGAUAUUAUUGGAAAGUAGCAUCAAGUUCAUCACCGUGCACUUUCACCACCCUGUGAAUUUCAUAAUUUAUUUCAUCUGUAGCCUAAUAAACUGCAUGGUUUCACGAGUCAUAGACGACCACACACCAUUUAAUCUCGUGACUCCAAAUUUAUUUCGAUAUUAUGUUUAUUUUAUCAAUAUUUACGCAUAAAGGCGAUUGCACCACCAUUUCUCGCAUAAUACAUUUUACCAUCACACCAUGUCGAAUGAACACAUUUUCUGUAGGCAUUUAUACAACUGUACCGAAUCUUCGUGUUUCCAUCACAGUAGUUCAAACGUUACAUGUAUCUGGCUAGAAUCCAUUUCUUGUAAGCCAGCAUCUCAGCAUUUGAAUGUACUAGCUAAGUAUGUCAUGCUCUUUUUCCCACAGACCUCCAGCAGCUCACUCUCUCCAUCUCUGAAGAGGAGGUUGCCCCUGAGCAGCAGCACUGCAGGCAGGAGGACCCUUCCCAGAUUAAAGAGGAACAGGAGGAACUAUGGGUCAUCAGUCAGGGAGGAGAGCAGCUUCAAGGGAUGGAUUAUGAUACUGAUGAUUCUGCUGAUACCAAAGCCUUCAUAUCUACUGCCAGAGUAAAAGGUGACUAUAAUCAGAACCCAAGUCAGUCCUCACAUCUUUACCAAAUUUUAACCCAACGUGAAGAAAACACAGAGAGGGAUGAGCUACCCAGCACCACAACGCAAAUUGAACAGAUUAAAACAGAGUACUUCAGUAACAGUGACUCUCAGCCCCCCUCUGCAGUCAAUUCAGACUGGUCUGCAACUCAGAGUGAGAGUGAUGAAAGUGUCGAUCGGCUGGAGAGUAAAGGACCUCCACUCAAGUCAAAGAGAACACAGACAAAAGCUGGACCAAGCUUCCAUGUCUGUACUAAAGUCAGAGAAUCCACAGAGUUGUCCCAUCUGAAAUCCCCUAUCCUCAAUAAUACUGUUCGUCGUUGUAGAAUAUGUGCAAAGCCUUUCAUCACCAAGGAGUCUCUAGUGAUUCAUGCACAUAGACAUACAAAGCUGUCUCGGUGUGGUAUCUGCGGAAGAUCCUUUGAGUCUGUAGAAAGUUUGAAAGAUCAUCUAAAUUUUCAUGUUGGAAGUACAGGAUCGCUUUCUUGUUACAUCUGUGGUAUAUGUUUCACAGAGGAUGAGGAGGUUUUGCUGGAAGAGCAUAUGAGCAAUCACAAACUGAAACUGUAUCGCUGUCUUGGGUGUAAUGAAAGUUUCGAUACUCGCCAGGGUCUGACAUUGCAUAUGAGGACUCACACCAGGACUCUUGAUCAGUACUCAAAAUUGAAGACCGCCCCGACCUGGGCCUAUGACUUGCAGCCCGAGCCUGUCCAUAUUAUGACUUUACAAGCAGUCUUUUUUAUUUUGAAAUUGUAAAAAGAAUGUGAGGGAGGAGUAGCCUAUAUUGUCGUAAUCAAACUUAAUUAAACACAACUACAGCAGUUCUUACUGAAGAAAUCACUCUGAUAAAAUGUUCCAGUUCCAUAUCCUAGUAAAGGAAGCCUGAGUCAGGCCCGAUGCGGGUCUGCUGAAGGUCUGUGUAUACCGAAAUGUCAUGUUUUUUUAUAUCAAAUAAAAUACUGUUGUAUGGAGAGUGUGUCGCGCCUCACCUUCUAAUGCAUAGUUACCAUAUGUACUCAAAACGCCUGUUUCUCAGACACAGAUUAAGCCUAAUCCUGGCCUAAAAAGCACUUUCAAUGGAUAUUAAUCUCUAAUUGAAAAGGAAAAAUUAUAACCACAAAAAUCAAAGUCCAGACACUCGUAUGGGUUUGAAAGUUAAAAAGCCUUCAAUGUGGGCUAAGACAUUAAAAUACACCAACGCGUAUUGGCUUAGGCCUUCAUCAGGGUGUCCUUAGCACCUAGUUGUGGUUAUAAUUUUUGCUUUUCAAUUACCAUUCCCCUUCAAGAGCACUUGUGGUUGUUUUGGAAUACGCUCCUGCUACUUCUUUUUCUUGGAGAUGAAUCUGUAUCAGAGAAAACAUCCCAACAUUUUUCAUGAAGGGUUAGCAAAAAAGUAGCUCACUUACUUGAUCACCACACAGACCACAGCCAACACAACCACCAUGAGAACCAGCAGAGCUGCCACCGUACUCAGAAUGCUGGUCAGAAGCAGGUCUGAGGAACAGGAACACACACACAGGUUAGUAUUCACUGAUAUCCCAUUAUCAACCCACUCACUAACAUAAUAAUGUUUCAAAUCCGGAGGCUGAUAAUAAUACUUAAUAUACACUAAAUAUACAAAACAUUAGGAACACUCUUUCCAUGACAGACUGACCAGGUGAAUCCAGGUGACAGCUAUGAUCCCUUAUUGAUGUCACUUGUUAAAUCCACUUCAAUCAGUGUAGAUGAAGGGGACAAGACAGGUUAAAGAAGGAUUUUUAAGCCUUGAGACAAUUUAGACAUGGAUUGUGAAUGUGUACCUUUCAGAGGUUGAAUGAGCAAGACAAAAUAUUUAAGUGCCUUUGAACAGGGUAUGGUAGUAGGUGCCAGGUGCACCGGUUUGUGUCUAGAACUGCAACGCUGCUGGGUUUUUCACGUUCAACAGUUUCCCCUGUGUAUCAAGAAUGGUCCACCACCCAAAAGACAUCCAGCCAACUUGACACAACCAAGGCCGUUCCUUGCCAUUCUGCUGCCCUAGGCGAGACAAAUAUAUAUAUAUAUAUAUAUAUACAGUGGGGAAAAAAAGUAUUUAGUCGCCACCAAUUGUGCAAGUUCUCCAACUAAAAGAUGGAGAGGCCUGUAUUUUCAUCAAGGUACACGUCAACUAUGACAGACAAAUUGAGAAAAAAAAUCCAGAAAAUCACAUUGAAGGAUUUUUAAUGAAUUUAUUUGCAAAUUAUGGUGGAAAAUAAGUAUUUGGUCAUCUACAAACAAGCAAGAUUUCUGGCUCUCACAGACCUGUAACUUCUUCUUUAAGAGGCUCCUCUGUCCUCCACUCGUUACCUGUAUUAAUGGCACCUGUUUGAACUUGUUAUCAGUAUAAAACACCUGUCCACAACCUCAAACAGUCACACUCCAAACUCCACUAUGGCCAAGACCAAAGAGCUGUCAAAGGACACCAGAAACAAAAUUGUAGACCUGCACCAGGCUGGGAAGACUGAAUCUGCAAUAGGUAAGCAGCUUGGUUUGAAGAAAUCAACUGUGGGAGCAAUUAUUAGGAAAUGGAAGACAUACAAGACCACUGAUAAUCUCCCUCGAUCUGGGGCUCCACGUAAGAUCUCACCCCGUGGGGUCAAAAUGAUCACAAGAAUGGUGAGCAAAAAUCCCAGAACCACACAGGGGGACCUAGUGAAUGACCUGCAGAGAGCUGGGACCAAAGUAACAAAGCCUACCAUCAGUAACACACUACGCCACCAGGGACUCAAAUCCUGCAGUGCAAGACGUGUCCCCCUGCUUAAGCCGUACAUAUCCAGGCCCGUCUGAAGUUUGCUAGAGUGCAUUUGGAUGAUCCAGAAGAGGAUUGGGAGAAUGUCAGAUGAAACCAAAAUAUAACUUUUUGGUAAAAACUCAACUCGUCGUGUUUGGAGGACAAAGAAUGCUGAGUUGCAUCCAAAGAACACCAUACCUACUGUGAAGCAUGGGGGUGGAAACAUCAUGCUUUGGGGCUGUUUUUCUGCAAAGGGACCAGGAUGACUGAUCCGUGUAAAGGAAAGAAUGAAUGGGGCAUGUAUCGUGAGAUUUUGAGUGAAAACCUCCUUCCAUCAGCAAGGGCAUUGAAGAUGAAACGUGGCUGGGUCUUUCAGCAUGACAAUGAUCCCAAACACACCGCCCGGGCAACGAAGGAGUGGCUUCGUAAGAAGCAUUUCAAGGUCCUGGAGUGGCCUAGCCAGUCUCCAGAUCUCAACCCCAUAGAAAAUCUUUGGAGGGAGUUGAAAGUCUGUGUUGCCCAGCGACAGCCCCAAAACAUCACUGCUCUAGAGGAGAUCUGCAUGGAGGAAUGGGCCAAAAUAGCAGCAACAGUGUGUGAAAACCUUGUGAAGACUUACAGAAAAUGUUUGACCUGUGUCAUUGCCACAAAGGGUAUAUAACAAAGUAUUGAGAAACGUUUGUUAUUGACCAAAUACUUAUUUUCCACCAUAAUUUGCAAAUAAAUUCAUUAAAAAUCCUACAAUGUGAUUUUCUGGAUUUUUUUUUCUCAUUUUGUCUGUCAUAGUUGACGUGUACCUAUGAUGAAAAUUACAGGCCUCUCUAAUCUUUUUAAGUGGGAGAACUUGCACAAUUGGUGGCUGACUAAAUACUUUUUUUCCCCACUGUAUAUACACACACAUACAUAUAAAUAUAUAUAUAUAUAUAUAUAUAUAUAUAUAUAUAUAUAUAUACACACAUACAUAUAUAUACACACACAUACAUAUAAAUAAAUAUAAAGGUUAGGCUAUUUGAUCGGAGAAACCUGCAUGAUGUAAAAAGUGUCCAUCUCAUUACAUUGUCAUACAUUUUAUCUCCAGCCUGUAGGCUACAGAAAAGGCCACAUACUCUUUCAACCAUAUCCUAUAUCUGCUACAUGAUUUAUGUUAGAUCAUUCUUUUGAUGGAACGUUGGUGGAGCGCCGCAGCGAUGCGGCUCUCCAACAGCACCCUGGAGAGGCGCGCUGGGAAUGGACAAGCAAAAUAUUUUGUGCCCCUGCCUUUGAUAAAGUGGCCACUGCUUAUCACAGGGCGGCAUCAGCACUCAUCUAAAAAGCCCAUAUGCCACUGGUUGAGGAAAAUUGUCAUUAUUUGGUCAGUUUAGCUCAGAAAUUUGUCAGUUUACAGUUGAAGUCGGAAGUUUACAUACAGCUUAGCCAAAUACAUUUAAACUCAGUUUUUCACAAUUCCUGACAUUGAAUCCUAGUAAAAAUUCCCUGUUUUAGGUCAGUUAGGAUCACCACUUUAUUUUAAGAAUGUGAAAUGUCAGAAUAAUAGUAGAGAGAAUGAUUUAUUUCAGCUUUUAUUUCUUUCAUCACAUUCCCAGUGGGUCAGAAGUUUACAUACACUCAAUUAGUAUUUGGUAGCAUUGCCUUUAAAUUGUUUAACUUGGGUCAAAUGUUUCGGGUAGCCUUCCACAAGCUUCCCACAAUAAGUUGGGCGAAUUUUGGCCCAUUCCUCCUGACAGAGCUGGUGUAACUGAGUCAGGUUUGUACGCCUCCUUGCUUGCACACGCUUUUUCAGUUCUGCCCACAAAUUUUCUAUAGGAUUGAGGUUAGGGCUUUGUGAUGGCCACUCCAAUACCUUGACUUUGUUGUCCUUAAGACAUUUUGCCACAACAAGCUGUUUAAAGUCACAGUCAACUUAGUGUAUGUAAACUUCACACCCACUGGAAUUGUGAUUCAGUGAAUUAUAAGUGAAAUAAUCUGUCUGUAUGUCACAAACGUUGAGAGACGGGUCAGACCAAGGUGCAGCGUGAAAAGCGUACAUGUUUAUUCACCCAAUAAACAUACAAACCAAAACAAGAAACAACGUAACGUGAAGUCCUCAGGCUAUACACACAAGCCUACACAGAACAAGAUCCCACAAUACACAGUAGGCAAUAGGCUACCUAAGUAUGAUCCCCAAUUAGAGACAACGAGCGACAGCUGUCUCUGAUUGGGAAUCACACCCGGCCAAACAUAGAAAUAGACUCACUAGAACCUAAACAUAGAAUCUAUAACAGAUUUCCACACCCUGACUCAACAAACAAGAGUUCUAUAGGUCAGGGCGUGACAGUACCCCCCCCCAAAGGUGCGGACUCCGGCCGCGCAAAACCUGACAUGACAGGGGAGGGUCCGGGUGGGCUUUCAGCCUCGGAGGCGGAUCCAGCUCCGGGCGUGACGACCUCUCCCUCUCUGCCUCCCCGUUGCACCCCUGGUCUGGUCUGUGCUUCCCCUCUCCUUCCUCCCACGAUGCACCAAGCCCUGUCUGGACCCUGGUUUGGGAGACCCCGAACCUGGAGAGGGGCUGACGUCUGGGCCUGGAUCGGCAAUCCUCCCGCGAUGCACCAAGCCCUGUCUGGACGCUGGUGUGGGAGACCCCGACCCUGGAGAGGGGCUGCCUUCUGGGUCUGAAGUGGAGCCGCUGACCGGAGCUGAACUGGGCACCGGUGGAGCGGACUCCUCUGGCUCCGGAGUGGAGCCGCUGACCGGAGCUGGACUGGGCACCGGUGGAGCGGAUUGCUCUGGCUCCAGAGUAGAACCGCUGACCGGAGCUGGACUAGGCACCGGUGGAGCGGAUUGCUCUGGCUUCAGAGUGGAGCAGCUAACCGGUGCUGGACUGGACCCCGGUGGAGCGGAUUGCUAUGUCUCCGGAGUGGAACCGCUGACCGGAGCUGGACCGGGCACCGGUGGAGUGGACUGCUCUGACUCCGGAUUAGAGCAGCUGGUCGGUGCUGGACCAGGCACCGGUGGAACGGGCCGGGCCGGACUGGGGACACGCACCACUGGUCUGGUGCGAGGAGCAGGUACGGGCCGUACCGGACUGGGAACACGCACUACUGGCCUGGGGCGGGGAGCAGGUACGGGGCGUACCGGGCUGGCGACACGCACCACUGGUUUGGUGCGAGGAGCAGGUACGGGCCGCAUUGGACUGGAUGCACGCACCACAGGUCUGGGGCGAGGAGCUGGAACGGGCCGGGCCGGACUGGGAACACACACCACUGGCCUGGUGCGGGGAGCAGGAAUGGGCCGGGCCGGACUGGGAACACACACCACUGGUUUGCUGCGAGGAGCAGGAACGGGCUGGGCCGGAUUGGACACACGCAUCACUGGUUUGGUGCGGGGAGCAGGUACGGGGCGUACCGGGCUGGAUACACGCACCACUGGUUUGGCGCGGGGAGCAGGUAUGGGGCUUACCGGGCUGGCGACACGCACCACUGGUUUGGUGCGGGGAGCAGGUACGGGGUGCACCGGACUGGAUACACGCACCACUGGUUUGGUGCGGGGAGCAGGUACAGGGCUUACCGGGCUGGCGACACGCACCACUGGUUUGGUGCGGGGAGCAGGCACGGGCUGCACUGGACUGUGGAGGCGCACUGGAGGUCUGGAGCUUAGAGCUGGCACAACCCGUCCUGGCUGGAUGCCCACAUUCGCACGACACGUGCGGGGCGCUGGCACAGGACGCACUGGGCUGUGAAUGCGCACUGGCGCCACAGUGCGUAUCUCUGCAUACCUAGGUUCCUCUAUGAACACUCCUUCUGUUGCCUGACCAGCUCCUCUCUCCUUGCUUCCACUACUUCCUUCUCCCUUUGAGCCUCCUGUAGUGCCUCCCUCUGAACGGAUAACUCCUGCUCCCUCUGAUCUAACAGCCCCCGUAACGUGGUGGCCUCCUCUCUCAGACUCUCGAUCCGCAGGUCUUGGAGGACCUCUAAAAUAGCGGCCUCCUCCUCUCUAGUCAGCCCUUUCACGGCCUCCUGCUGCCUCGUGGUCCACCCCGUGAGCCCCCCCAAAAUUGUUUUCUUGGGGCUGCUUCUUGGGCUUCCUCUUCGGCCAGCACCGUUGAUGUCACCGUUGAUCCUCUCCUACCCGGGUUUCCUCCUUCAUUGCCUUACCGUAACGGACGGCCUCCUCCUCAGUGAUUUUCCCCCAACCGAGGAGGACAUCUACCAACGUAGCCUCCCGCUGUGUCCAGGGUGUUUGCUCCUCCUGGGCACGCUGCUUGGUCCUCGUUUGGUGGGAUUUUCUGUCAUGAACGUUGAGAGACGGGUCAGACCAAGGUGCAGCGUGAAAAGCGUACAUGUUUAUUCACCCAAUAAACAUACAAAACAAGAAACAACGUAACGUGAAGUCCUCAGGCUAUACACACACAAGCCUACAUGGAACAAGAUCCCAUAAUACACAGUAGGCAAUAGGCUACCUAAGUAUGAUCCCCAAUCAGAGACAACGAGCGACAGCUGUCUCUGAUUGGGAAUCACACCCGGCCAAACAUAGAAAUAGACUCACUAGAACCUAAACAUAGAAUCUAUAACAUAGAUUUCCACACCCUGACUCAACAAUCAAGAGUUAUAUAGGUCAGGGCGUGACACUGUAAACAAUUGUUGGAAAAAUUACUUGUGUCAUGCACAAAGUAGAUGUCCUAACCGACUUGCCAAAACUAUAGUUUGUUAACAAGAUAUUUAUGGAGUGGUUGAAAAACAAGUUUUAAUGACUUCAGACUUCAACUGUAGCUCAGAAAAUGCCACCCUCGUCAAUCUGCCGCCAUAGGCAGCUGCCUAAUCCUACCUAAUGAGCGAGUCCAUGCCCCAAAUAAUUGAGUUUGUUCUGAGGGCAAAAUGGGGGAGGGUGCAACUCAAUAUUAGGAAGGUGUUCCUAAUGUUUGAUAUACUCAGUGAAGUAAGACCAGAAUGAACAAAAUAUCAGAAUGGUAUAGAGAAAUGCUGAGAAACAUGGAACGUUAGAUUUUCACUGCAAUUUCAAAUUCACUUUAAACAAACAUCAACUUAUGGAGAGCGCCAGAGGAAGAAGGGAGUGAGAGGAGAUGGAAAAACACUGCUUAUCAUGAUGACUGCUCCACAUGGUCGGUCACUCACUCUUGUCCUUGUGCAGUGUGAUCUGUGUGAGCACACUGAAGUCUCCUCUCUCAGGCAUACAGUUGGACAUGUUGAGGUAGAAGCUCUUUGAGACAGUGAUCUUCCUGUCUGCCUCCUCGUCCUCCCGCCGGCUGUACAUCUCCUCCAGGGAGCCAAGGUUCUGCACCCUGAUCAAAUCACAAUUUAUUCACAGCACUUAUCAUAAAGUGCUUUACAGUAACCUGGCCUGGACCCCAAGACCAAGCAAGGCAGAAGCAAGACCACAGUGGCCAGGAAAAACUCCCUAGAAUGAAGAAACCUAGAGAGGACGUCUCAGAGGGGUAGCCCAUCCUUUUCUGAUUGUACCUGAUGCCCGUGUGGCGGUUGCUGCACUUGGGCUGGCUGAUGUUGGCGAACAUGAGGUGGGCUUCCAGCUUGGAGGGGACAUCGACGAUCCAGGACACAGUGGAGUAGGACUUCAUUCCCACAGGCCAACUAGGGGUGGCCAGGAGAGUCGGGACUCCUUUCUUUGGGCAUACCGUGAAGAUGUAUCUCUCUGUGUGUACAUCAGGGGGAAAAUAACAUAUUUGCAGUUACAGUACUACUUUUAUAUAAAACAAUUUAUUAAAAGAUGUAACUUUAUAUACACUACAUGACCAAAAGUAUGUGGACACCCGCUCGUCGAACAUCUCAUUCCAAAAUCAUGGGCAUUAAUAUGGAGUUUGUCCCCCCUUUGCUGCUAUAACAGCCUCCACUCUUAUGGGAAGGCUUUCCACUAGAUGUUGGAACAUUUCUGCAGGGACUUGCAUCCAUUCAGCCACAAGAGCCUUAGUGAGGUCGGGCAAUGAUGUUGGGCAAUUAGGCCUGGCUUGAUGUCGGUGUUCCAAUUAAUCCCAAAGGUGUUCGUUGGGGUUGAGGUCAGGGCUCUGUGCAGGCCAGAUAAAGUUCUUCAACACCGAUCUCGACAAACCAUUAAUGUACGGACCUCGCUUUGUGCACGGGGGCAUUGUCAUGCUGGAACAGGAAAGGGCCUUCCCCAAACUGUUGCCACAAAGUUGGAAGCACAGAAUCGUCUAGAAUGUAAUUGUAUGCUGUAGCGUUAAGAUUUCCCUUCACUGGAACUAAGGAGCCUGGCCCGAACCAUGAAAAACAGCCCCAGACCAUUAUUCCUCCUCCAUCAAACUUUACAGUUGGCACUAUGCAUUCGGGCAGGUAGCGUUCUCCUGGCAUCCGCCAAACCCAGAUUCCUCCGUCGGACUUCCAGAUGGUGAAGCGUGAUUUGUCACUCCAGAGAACGCAGUCCAAUGGCGGCGAGCUUUACACCACUCCAGCCGACGCUUGGCAUUGCGCAUGGUGAUCUUAGGCUUGUGUGCGGCUGCUCGGCCAUGGAAACCCAUUUCAUGAAGCUCCCGACAAACAGUUAUUGUUCUGACAUUGCUUCCAGAGGCAGUUUGGAACUCGGUAGUGAGUGUUGCAACCGAGGAUAGACGAUUUUUACGCCCUACGCGCUUCAGCACUCAGAGGUUCCGUUCUGUGAGCUUGUGUUGGCCUACCACUUCGCGGCUGAGCUGUUGUUGCUCCUAGACGUUUCUACUUCACAAUAACAGCACAGUUACAUCUUUAAUUAAAAAAUAUUACCUGCAAUCUCCCUGGUGAAGGAGAUAUUGAGUAAAGGAUGAGAGAAUGGCGACCUCUCUUUCCCUCCCAUGGUCGAGGCUGAGGCUGUAAUGGACACGUUGGUGUGAACCUGGACUUUAUGUAUGGCUCCCUGAGGGCAGAACUGACCCACGGUGGUGCCGUCAUCGUCCUCGGCCACGGUGAGAGUGACUGAGCCGUUGCAGGGGUGUUCUGGCAGGGACUGCCUGAGGCUGCCAGUAGUGGGCAGGAGCUCUACUGUGCCAUGCUGAGGGGGACGGAGGAUCCAGGUGACACUGCCCAGGGGGGCGGGAAGACACCUCUCCAGGACGGGCACCGUCAGAGGGACAGGGGCUGCUGCUGCUGGGCAGCCCCUCCACUGAGGGCACUCUGA